CCUAAAAAUGCUUACGACCAAUGGCGUACCGCCAUUGGUCACGGCGUACCACGUGAACAGUCCGCGGUGGAAGUUCCCCGAGUCGAGCGGGUAUCCACGACGGCACAGUCAGCUGCCUAAGGUCCGGUUGGCUAGUCGCAACCAGCAAGUUUCUCCACAAGGUAGACGCGUGUAACCACCAGACUUCACCAUGGCGGACGAUGAGAGAAAGCGCAUCGAGGAUGAAAAGAAGAGGAAACAGGCGGAGACCGAGAGGAAGAGGGCGGAGGUCCGCGCUCGCCUCGAGGAGGCUUCCAAAGCCAAGAAAGCGAAGAAGGGUUUCAUGACCCCCGACAGGAAGAAGAAGCUUAGGCUGUUGCUGCGUAAAAAAGCCGCCGAGGAAUUGAAGAAGGAACAGGAGAGGAAAGCGGCCGAAAGGAGGCGCAUCAUUGAGGAGCGCUGCGGCAAACCGAAGAACGUCGAUGAUGCCAACGAAGCCGAGCUGCAGACGAUCUGUUCGGCAUAUUGGAACAGAAUGUACUCACUCGAGGGCGAUAAGUAUGACCUCGAGAGGCAAAUUAGGUUGAAAGAGAUGGAGAUCGCGGACUUGAACAGCCAGGUCAACGAUCUCCGAGGUAAAUUCAUGAAACCAACCCUCAAGAAGGUGUCGAAAUACGAGAAUAAGUUCGCCAAGCUCCAGAAGAAGGCCGCCGAAUUUAACUUCCGCAAUCAACUGAAACAAGUGAAGAAGAAGGAGUUCACCUUGGAGGAGGAGGACAAGGAGAACGUGACAAAAGAUAAGAAGAAGCCAGACUGGUCGAAGAAGGGCGACGAGAAGAAGGAAGGCGAACAAGCCGAAGCACCUGCGGCAGAACCACCACCGCCGGAACCAACACCAACACCAGAACCAGCGCCGGUCCCUGCAUCGGCUCCUGCACCAGCAGAAUCCGCACCGGCUCCUGCACCACCAGCACCGGCACCCUCGCUGGCACCUCCAGCCGAAGGUGCUCCGGCGGCUGUUCCCUCCGCAGAAGGUGCAGUCCCGGCUGACGGAGCUGCACCAGCUCCCACUGAAGGCGCGCCCGCAGCAACCCCAGGAGAGGGUGCCGUGCCACCUACAGAAGGAGUCGCACCAGUGGCGGAAGGAGCUGCACCCGCGGAAGGAACUGCACCUCCAGCGGAAGGUGCACCUGCUGCUGCGCCAGCUGCAUCUGCCGACGGAGCGCCAUCCGCUGAAGGCGCUGCACCCGUUGCCGCUCCAGCCGAAGGUGCACCCGCGGAAGGCGCUGCACCCGCUGCACCUCCAGUCGAAGGCGGAACCCCGGCACCGCCGGCGGAGGGAGCUGCUGCGGCUGCGCCGGCGGAAGGAGCUCCCGCAGCCGUCGAGGGCGCCGCUCCUGCUGCUCCUCCAGCGGAAGGUGCUCCACCGACGGCCGAAGGAGUCGCUGCGCCCGCCGAGGGUGCCGCACCUGCAGCUGCAGCGCCCGCAGACGCGACGCCUGCAGCUCCAGCGGAAGUUGUGCCUGCCCCUGCCGAAACUAAGCUAAUUUUGAUAUUGCGAGUUACGGUCCGCAUCAGAGGCAGACCCGCGCUAAAGUGCGCGAGGUACAUCACAAACGCACCCGCAUCGUAACUUCGCCGGAGCUGCAGGAGGCGGCGAAGAGUCACCUUGCCGUACACUUUUCUCUUGUUGACGUCAAAGUUUACGGAACACCUGCACGGAAGACACUAAAGUACGGAUACGUUGCGCGAAGCCGCGCCACACGUCUCGACAUCGCGGCUCGCGCUUUUCUUCUCGUCGUCAUCAUCGUCAUCAUCACCACUCGUCAUCGUCAUCGUUCUCAUCGUCAUCGUUACCGUCACCUCCACCUCAUCGCUUUUCGUCGUCGUCGUUGUCGUCGUCUCCGUCGCUCGCGUCUUGCAUAUUUAUUCAUUCAUACAUAACGAAAAUUCGUGCGUGCCGCGUAACGGUUUAGAGGAGAAGAGAAAAGAGAAAAAGUGGUGAGA